GCUGAGAGAGCGCGGGAGAGGUGCGCUUGCGCGCAGCGCGUCUGCGAGACUGAGUUAGACGGAUCCGAGCGGAGUUAGGGGUGGUUAUAGGGUUUUGGCUUCGCUGCGAGUGUGAGCCGAGUCGGGAGUCCUCCCAGCGGCGAAGGGACCAAGUUCAGCAGCGGCCGGGCGCGGCAUGUCCCGGGAGCCGCGGUGCGGACAGUGAACGCGCGGCGGGCGGGAUGGGCCGGCGCCGGGUGCCCGAGCUGUACCGGGCCCCGUUCCCGUUGUACGCGCUCCAGGUCGACCCCAGCGCGGGGCUGCUCAUUGCUGCAGGUGGAGGAGGCGCCGCCAAGACCGGCAUAAAGAAUGGCGUGCACUUUUUGCAGCUAGAGCAGAUUAAUGGGCACCUGAGCGCCUCUCUGCUGCACUCCCAUGACACAGACACACGGGCCACCAUGAACUUGGCCUUGGCUGGUGACAUCCUUGCUGCCGGGCAGGAUGCCCACUGUCAGCUCCUGCGCUUUCGGGCCCAUCAGCAGAAGGGCAGCCACAAGGCAGAGAAGGCAGGUUCCAAGGAGCAGGGGCCUCGCCAGAGGAAGGGGCCCUCACCAGCCGAGAAGAAAUCUGGAACUGAAACCCAGCCCGAGGGGGUAGAACUCAGGGUGGAGAAUUUGCAGUCAGUGCAGACAGACUUCAGCCCUGAUCCCCUGCAGAAAGUUGUGUGCUUCAACCACGAUAAUACCCUCCUUGCCACCGGAGGGACAGAUGGCUACGUUCGAGUCUGGAAGGUACCCAGCCUGGAGAAAGUUCUGGAGUUCAAAGCCCAUGAAGGGGAGAUUGAGGACCUGGCUUUGGGGCCUGAUGGCAAGUUGGUAACUGUUGGCUGGGACCUUAAGGCCUCCGUGUGGCAGAAGGAUCAGCUGGUGACACAGCUGCACUGGCAAGAGAAUGGACCCACCUUUUUGAACACGCCUUACCGCUACCGGGCCUGCAGGUUUGGACAGGUGCCAGACCGGCCUGCUGGGCUGCGACUCUUCACAGUGCAGAUUCCCCACAAGCGCGUGCGCCCGCCCCCUCCCUGCUACCUCACAGCCUGGGAUGGCUCCACCUUCUUGCCCCUUCGGACCAAGUCCUGUGGCCAUGAGGCCAUCUCCUGCCUCAGCGUCAGUGAAUCGGGCACCUUCCUAGGCCUGGGCACAGUCACUGGCUCUGUUGCCAUCUACAUAGCUUUCUCUCUCCAGCGCCUUUACUACGUGAGGGAAGCCCAUGGCAUUGUGGUGACCGAUGUGGCCUUUCUGCCUGAGAAAGGUCGUGGACCAGAGCUCCUUGGGUCCCAUGAAACUGCCCUCUUCUCUGUGGCCGUGGAUAGUCGUUGCCAGCUGCACCUGCUGCCCUCACGGCGGAGCGUUCCUGUGUGGCUCCUGCUCCUGCUGUGUGUCGGGCUCAUCGUUGUGACCAUCCUGCUGCUCCAGAGUGCCUUCCCAGGUUUUCUUUAGCCUCCCCGCUCCCUGGGAGUCAGGGGCCCAGACACUGCUAUCUUCUCGAGCAGAGCGGGGUCCUGAACCCCUAUUGCUCACUCCACUUGAGCCCACAGCUGAGGCUGCCUCCAGUAAGACUGAUGGGCAUUGCCUGCCCUUCCCGGUUCAAGUUCAGCUAUGACCCCGUGCAAGUGUGGGUCCUGGGGGCCUUGCACUCAUCACCUGUGGAUCUGCCCAGGAGAGUGGUAUCUGAAGCCCAGGCCACACCACUUGCCACCUCCUCUCUGCCUACCCAAAGCUCUGGAGUUGAGCUCAUCCUUUCUCCAGCAACACAUGAAAAAGCCCGAAAUCCUAGAGGCACUGCUCGUCUUCCUGCAGAACAAUCAGUUUCUCCUCCUCCCCUCCCAGCCUUGUGGCCGGUUGCUCUUCACGUGAAGUCCCUGGCAUUUGCUGGGACGAGGACUGACCUGACACUAGCUGUUAAGGCAGGAAAGGCAAAAGGAAGACUUAGGUGGUAACCCACAGGUUCAGGUGGGUAAUGCCAAGGUGGCCAGGCCAAAUGUACAGUAAGUUCCUGGAUAGCCUACUCCAGCCUUGCAGAAAGACAAAAUGAACCUCAGCCCAACAGGCAGAAGUUGAUAUUUAAUAAAUAAGGGAGACUGAACUGUUGAGACCCCCAAA